GAUAAUAAUAAUAAACGAUUCGGUCGGCUAACAGGAAAUACCUAUUCUGGUUGAUUUUUUUUUCGAAAUCCUGGUUUGAUUCAACAAAUAAAUCUUUUUUUCCAUAAUGGCUUCGAAUAUUGCAUCACCACGUUCGGCAUUUAUGACAACACCAAAAGCACCGCCACGUUUUCAUCGAACUACCGGUAUUGGUGCUCGUCAUAAUAAUCCAUCAUCACCACGUUUUACAAAUUAUCAAUCAUUUCGUAAUGCAUUAUCAUCGAAUUCAAUGUUUGUUGUUGAUCCAAAAACAUUCGCUACACGUUUAUUAGUAAAACCAAAUUUUGAUCAAGUACUUGAAGGAACCAACACCAGAUUAGUACGAUUUUAUGUUUGGCUUAAACGUUUAAGUGAAAGUUGGUUUACACAUUUAUUCUUAUUGAUUGCAUUAAUCCUUUAUGCAUGUCUUGGUGGUGCAAUUUUUUCUACAAUCGAAGGAAAUCAUGAAAAAGAAGAAAAUGCAAUCAUCAGACAAUUAUAUGAACCAAUCGAACAAAUGACUGAUACAAUUGUUAAUGAAUUAUGGCGUCAACGUCAACAUUUUCCCUUGCCAAUCGAUAUUGAUGAUAAUGAUAAUGGAAUGAAUCAACAAAAACGAUAUUUUGUACCAAAUAUUGAUCAAUAUUGGUAUCGUAUUGUUGAUGAUGAAUUAGAUCGUUUUGAAUGGAUUGUGAAUGAACAAUGUUCAAAACGUUUAAAUUAUUCAAUAGAACGUUUUGCUGAAACACAUCGUUGGGAUUUUAUUGGUUCAGUAUUUUUUAGUAUGACUGUAUUUACAACAAUUGGUUAUGGUGAUAAUCCACCAGUAACAACAUUGGGUAAAACAGCUGCAAUGAUUUAUUCAUUUUUUGGUAUUCCACUUUUAUUAAUCGUAUUAGCUGAUUUUGGUCGAAUAUUUACUCGAAUAAUUAAAUAUUUAAUUAUGUCUUGCCGCCGGGUUUAUUAUGAUCGUUCACUGCGUUCAGUACGACAUAUGGGUCGUAAAGCAACACGUACAGCAAAAAUUCAACAUGCAAUAAUGGAUGCAUUGAAUAAAAUACAACGACAACCACCAUUUUUUAUUGAUUCAAAUACUGGAAAAGUUUCAAUGUUACCACCACCGGAAAUAUCCAAACCAAUAAAUCUACAAUCAACAACAAAUCCAAUGUUAUCAUCAUAUAGGUCAAAUCAAAUUCCGAUGGUAACUGUUUCAUCACCAUCAUCGCAAUCACAAUCGCAAUCAUCGUCGACAAUAAUGACACCCGAAACACCAAUGCCAACAAUGUUAGAUUUUAAUGAAAUGGAUGAUGAAUUCAAUCUGCCAAUAUCAUUAGCAUUAUUCAUAUUAAUAUUAUAUUUAUUUUUUGGUGCAAUAUUAUUUUGGACAUUUGAAAAUUGGACAUUAUUUCAAUCAUUUUAUUUUGUUUUCAUUUCAAUGUCAACAAUUGGUUUUGGUGAUUUUGUACCCACUCAAUUCAAUGUAUUAUUAUAUGCAUUUAUUUAUUUCCUAUUCGGUUUGGCAUUAACAUCAAUGUGUAUAAAUGUUAUACAGGAAAAAUUAUCAUCAACAUUUGAAAAAGCAAGAAUAACAAUUGGUGAAUCAAUUGGUUUGGAUCCAUCAACACCGAUUACCAUUAUGAAUCCAACAGUCAAUCCAUUAUCACAACCGCAACAAGAAACAUCAUCCAAAUCAAGUUCAAGACAAAGUUCACCCGAAAAAUUAUCAUCAAUUAAACCAACAACAACAGCGAAAACAUCAUCUUCACUGAAACCAUAAAAACAUCAAAACACACACACACAGAAACACAUUCUUUUUUCUAGAUUUUUAUUUGAAAAAUUGAAAUUCAUUUUAGGUUUUUUCUUUUUCUUUUUUUUUUGUCUUUUUUGGCUGUUGAUUUUUAAUCGGUUGCCGAU